UUGCGUCGCUGUGUCCGCCGAUAAAUUGGGCUCGGCCGCUGUGAACGGUACGGAGUGACGAGUGAAGGUUCCGCCGGGUUAAUCGCUGCUGUUUAACUCGGUUUCGGGACAUGGAACCAUCCUGUCGUAAAGAGAAGCCAAAGCCAAAGGAGCCACCCUACCGAGGGGAUAAAGCCAAACAGAAAUCUGCUUUGCAAGAACUCAAACAGAGGCAACGGGCUGAGAUUUAUGCCUUAAACAAAGUAAUGACCGAGCUGGAACAACAACAGUUUGAAGCUUUCUGCAAACAAAUGCAGUCGCAGAAUGACUGUGGACAACACUGACAACGUGACACUACGGCUUGGAACAGGGAGAUUUUAUUUUGAAAACACUAAAUGCUUAUGCAGAGCAACGCAUUUCCAAAAAAAAAGUCCUGGUCUUUGCCUGGAAAUCAACUUCAAUAUAUAAGGCAAAAAAAAUUAACUCCCCUCAGAUUGCAAUUUAUUUUGGAAAGAGAAUAGAAACACAUUGUUACUUUGUCUCCACAUACAAUUGUUCAUCCUGGAAGAGAAUUUCAUAGAAAGCAGUGGAAGCAAGGUUACUGAUUAUUUUUAAGGCAAAACUAGAUAGAUUGGCUCUCAAUUGAAAGAGUAUAUAGUUUGGUAGGACAGUAGAGUUGACCCUUCAAUGAGAGCAGCCAUGAUCUUGUUGAAUGGGUCAAAUAGCCUUUGCCUACUCCUAAUUGACAUUCCCUCAAGUUAAAACUUUUCCGGUUAAUACAAAGCUUCGGUCAACAUGGGUGCUGGUGUAAACAUAAGCACUACUGCCUAACUGCAGUAGUGUGGGGGUUUAGAAGAAAAAAAUAUAUAAAGUUCAGACAGCAAUCAAUCGAGGUUGUGCACCUGGUGUCUGGUGUCUUGCUUUGCUUCUGUAUGGACAUGCCAAUACUGGAUGAGGACCAGAUGGACGUCAGCUGCCAUGUCCUACUGAAAUAGCCUUCCAUUGGCUUGGUACUCAAGCUGAAUGAAGAAUGAAUGGCCUCUGAGAGAGGUACCAAGGAAAUGUGGUCCUCUCUUGAAUCUAGAUUUUAAACGGAGCCUCAAUACUGAUCAUCUUCUAGCUCUGUGAGAGUGAUGCCAACAUUUGCCAUUUUAUCAAGUGAGCUGAGAUGAAUAGUCCUUACAUGCUCUCCCUCUAUUUAAAUAUCUUGCUGUAGACAUUUUGUAUAGAAGAAUAAGAGGCCAUUUAAACUAUUGAGGCUGCUGCGCUCAGUAUCCAAUUAAUAUUUUAAUAUAUUAUGGACUUUGUCCUACACUGCUAUUUCCUGCUGACUCCUCAAUAACUAACAAAAAAAUUCAUCCCUCUCUCCCCUGAAAUGUACCAAGCAAUGCUUAAUCCUUCUAACCCACAAGCUCCCUCCCCUAUGACAGAAAACUCAACAGAGCACUGUCUUAGUCAGCACUUGAAUGUCCUUCAUUCAGGAAUCUCUUCCAGUUAUGCAAUUAUCUGUAGGGGGAGAAAAUGCUUUCUCUGAUCUGUGAAGUUUACAAUUGUGUCCUUGUAUUUUAUACUUGUUUUCAACAAAAGUAUCUUGCUCUUGUUCUCUGUCUCUCGCUCUGUCUUGCUCUCGGCUCUAACUAAAAGAAAUAACAACAAACUUCAGCUUGCACCCAAAAUUGGGAAACUUCUGACCCAAGCAGGGAGACUACAUUCUCCACCUUUACAGUGCCAAUCAAAUUAGCUUUUAAAUCCAUCUUUUUGAGUUUCUGGAGUCAGUAAAUUUAAAGAAUGUUUGUUUGAAAUCUCUAUUUGAAUGUUUCCAUUAUCAAUGAAUUGGUUUAGAAGAGAGGAGUUUUAUUUAGCUUAAAUGUUGAUAGAAUACGAUCCCUGGAUGCUAUCAUUCAGUCUAGCUUAACUGCCAAUUGAGAAAGCCAGGAAUGUCCUCCCCCUGCCCUCUCCCUUUGCUUUGGACAGAGUCUUGAAGCAAUGUAUUCAGGAUAAGUACCUGUUAUAACGAGAGCUGGGAUCAGUACAAUUUUACUGGAUAGAUCUCAAGAAAUGUAAGCUGUAACAAUUAGAGUCUUCCUUGGAAACUGCCAUUCAGAAUUAUAGUGCAGAAAUAAUGAGCUGUUGGGAUAAAUACUUGCAUGGUGCUAAUGUCACUGGACUAGUAAUCCACAGGCCCAGUCUAAUGGAUUGGGGAACAAGGGUUCAAAACAUAACACAGCAGCUGAUGGGGUUUGAAUUUGAUAAUAAAUAUAAAAAGAGUCUUGGUUAAGAGAGAUACAUGAAUAGAAAAGGUAUGGAGGGGUAUGAGCCAAAUACUGGCAGGCAUACUAGUUUUGUUUGGAAUUAUAGUCUGCAUUAUGGUUAGACGUAUGUGACCUUGACAACCAUCAUCAACUCUUACAAAGUCCCAUCUGGUUCACUAAUAUCAUUUUGGGAAGAGAAUCUGCCAUCCUUGUCCCUGUAUGUGAGUCUAGAAUGUGAUUAACUCUUAACUGCCUUUUGUCUAGAAGGCCACUUGGUUCAAGGGCAAUUAGGGAUAGGUAAGGAAAUACUGGAAUUGCCAGCAAAGCUUGUAUCCCAAGAAAGCAUUUUUUAAAAUCACCUUUUACCUUCAUACUUCAACUAACAAGAUUUUUUCAUUGUGCAUCAUUCAAAAAAAUGUGUAUUUAUAAAUAUUUUUAGUCACCUCAUUCAGACAUUUUAUAACAUAUCUCUGGAGCAGGUGGAUCUUGAACCCAGGUCUCCUGGCCAAGAGAUAGAGACACUACCAUUGCACCAUGAGAACUGAUGUGUAUUUAUGUACUGGUAUUUAUGUGUUUGCUUUAUUUAUUGUGAUUAUAUUGUGUAAUUUGUACAUUGUGAAGUUUCAACACACUGGAGAGAAAGGACAGCUUCCACUUUAAAUGACCAUGAAGAAAGAACUUCAGCUGGGAGUGAAAGCCUGGGGUGGGAUAUUUAAUUCAUAAAUUGCCCAUUUUUAAAAAACAUUAUGAAGUACUGUGAAAAUGAUUGUGGAAUUUUAAUACAAUUAUGUUCAGUGCAUUUUGAGUUGCACCAGUUUGAAGAGGCACUCUUCCAGGAGCUGGCCCUAUUCACAAAACUAAACCAUGUGUCCAAGGUGAAAGAAUCAUUGGCAAGUUCAGCUAAAGCAGCAGAUACUUAACUAGUUCUCUCAGGUGCAAAGGCGCCAACUGAAAAGCAUUUCAACACUUUUUUAAAGUCCCUUUUUAAAAAAGAAAAUCUGUGAAACAGACUACUUUAUCUCAAAAUAAAUGGUUCAUUUGUUUUUUUUUAAUGUUAUUUUUAGAAUUUGUUGGCUACAUAGAUUUGCUGUUGGGGGUGGGGGGAGGUUUGAACUGAGUUACUCUUGCUGGUACAGACAUAAUAAGCCAGAUAGCCUCUUAAUGUGUUCUAACAGCUCAUGUGUGCUAAUUUUAAAAUCAGCAAAUGCAAGAGGUGGAUUGACACUAAUUAAAGCCUUUUUCUUUUGUGAUUAAAUAAUUUCAACAGUGUUGAUCAAGCUACUAAAGAGGUUUUUAAAAUAAUAUCUUAAAUACUGCCUAAUGUCACUAGCCCGAAGCAGAUUUUGUUGGGAAAGUGAGUGCAAUUGCGUAGAAAAUCAAGAAAUAAAACCACCUUUUUCAAAACUUAGGUCACAGUCUGUGCCUGGAUCACCAAUGCAUUCAAAGCAGAAACUCUAUCCUAUCAUGUUUAAACCAGUUAUGAUUCAUGCUUAAUGGAAACCAGCUGUCAUUCCAGAGCCAUGUUACUGAUGAUCAUGUGCUUUAUGCAUCCCACUGUAGCUUCAUUUAUUUUGACAAGAACAAAGGUCUUCUUCCAUUUCCCACCUUGCAAAAACACUCCGUUUGAUAGAUAAUACUUUCACGCUUGCUGUAUUUCCUUAGUACUGCCCUGGAGUGGCAGUGUAGAUUAUGUGCUGAACUCUCUCAAAUGAGUCUUGAACCUACCAGUGCCUGAGUAGAGGCAAGGAGCAUUUUCAGCGUCUCUGUGCCCAGUCCAGAAAGCAUGAAAUCGAAAAAGACUCAUCUCAGCAUGUCUUCCCUUGAAAACGGAAGUCUUUUGACUUGUUGUUUCAUUCAGACUUUUAUUUUCCCCUGUUCCUCUCUUCAGUGCUUCUCAAACACUGCUCUAGCUCCAGCGACAUGCUAGGGUUGCUGCGUCUAGCUGAUGUGUUGUACUGGAAUCAGGAGUGUGUACUGCAGCACAACAAAAACAACUUGUCGCUAUUGGUUCCUCAUUUUUGGUUGAAACAGAACUGGUGCUUGCAUUGAUGAAUUUGUUGAAGAAAGAAGUCAGACGGUUUACAGAUGAUGCUGAAUAUUCAGCUGGAGCCUGCUAUCAUUCAAUGUGGUUAUUUAUAGAAUCUAUUAAGUAGUAUCAUGUAACAUGCUGUAAAAUGUAUUGUCACACGUCUUUGUGAGCCUCUACUUAUUAAAGAUUGCCUGUGAAUGUUGA